CAUAAAGUAAGUCAAGAUAUGGGUAUGUUCUGUGAUCUAUGGUUUAGGAAGAUGAAUUUCAACUUUUUGAAUAUCAUGAAAUGAAUAUUAUUUAAUGAAUAUUCCGAACGAAAAUAAAAUAAAUAUGGCAAGUAGAGAAGAAUGGUGCGCUGAUAAACUAUCAAAGUUACUGAAGGAGGAAUUGAGAAUAUCAACAUUGAAUGAAAUAAAAGAUCAUUUAGAAUCGCUGCCCACAAAUGAAGUGAAACCUACUGUAAAUCUAUUGGAGCUUCCAUUGGUAUUUGAUUGUUUGAAUAAUACGAAUACAGAACAAAUCGAUCUGGCCUGCAAUAUUUUAUCAUUCUGCUUGGAUAACCUGAGCAUCGAGGAAUGUUCUACGAAAUAUGGAACACCCUUAGAAAGAGCAUUAUCUCAUCCAUAUCCUGCUGUAAAAUUGAUGGUCCUUAAAGAACUAGAACGUGAUAUUAAGAAUGAGGAUAUCCUUAUUGAUUUAUGCAAACGUUUUUCGUUAUUAGAAUCUCUAGUGAGAUGUUUGGGUUGCGAAGUUCUUGAAGUUGCAUCAAGAUCUUCCAAGAUACUAAAAUUAAUUGGUUGUUCAGAUAUUGGUAUCAAAAAGUUAACUUCUUCAGAUUUAAUUAAUGUAUUUCAUGAAGUAAUAAGCAUGAAUGAUAUAGUACGAUUGAGAGUCUUUGAGGUUUUUGUUGAAAUUGCAAAAGAGUCAAAAACCAAUUUCCAGUGCCUGAAUUCAUCUGGCCUUAUCUCAUGUUUCUUAAAUGAUCUGGAUUCUAAUGAUAUUCUCUUGAGAAUGAAUGUCAUUGAAAUUUUAUCCCAGUUAGGUAAAACCGAAUAUGGAUUUGAAUAUUUAGAAUCACAUGAUGUUAUUUCAAAGCUAGGUUCAAUAUUGAAAAGUGAUGAUUCAAUCGAUUUACAAUUGUGCCAACCAGGAAUUUUGAAAUUUUUUGGAAAUAUCGGCAACUGCCAACCUAAUAGAAUAAUUGAGCAAUAUUCUUACGUUUUAAAGAAGAUGUUCGAGAACAUAAAUAGUUCAGACUUCAGUCUUGUGGGAGUUUCUCUCGACACUAUUGGUUAUAUUGGCUCUACUACUAAUGGUAAAUGUGCAUUGGAUAGUAUGGGAAUAGUUGAAAAUGGAAUGUCUCUAAUUUCUAGUAAGUUGGGUACUUUUCCAACAGAGAUAACAGUUCGAGCCUUGAAAUGUAUAGAAAAUUUGCUGAGCACUGAUGAAAAUAAUCUUAGGGUGCAAUUCAUAUCUCAGAAGUGGUUUUCAGCCCUUGGCCCCAACGCUAUGACAAACAUCAUAUUGAAAUAUGCAAAGAAUCCAUUUUUUGAAUUAAGAAUAGCAGGAUUGAGCGUGAUCAACUCUAUUUCAAAUCAAAUAUGGGGACAAGAAGUCAUUCAGGAUACUCCAGGACUUAUCGAGUUUCUUCUGGAUAGGAAUGUGGAAACUCACAAAGAAUCUAAGGAUCUUAAAUACGAGAUUGUAAAAGUAUUGAGUGAGAGUUCAGUUUUAGACUCAUCGACAGUGAAGAGGCUGAAGAAUUAUGUUAAAGAGGGAGCAUUUUAUGUUCAAGGUGUGAUGGAAGUAGCUUUUGAGGAAAACAAUUGAAUGGAAAAUUAUUGUGUAUUAUUAGCAGUUGAAAGUUAGGUUAAAUUUUUCAAUAAACAUAUCUGAAUCA